UGAAAGAAUAUAACAGCCGAUAUUGGUGAUUUUAGGAAUAUUAUGGGGUGUGAGUGGUGCACUGGUGAAGGCUAAGUUCAAGAAUGGUGGAAGUGGUGCCGAGUUAUGGUUCGCUUGCAUGGUUGGACCUGUAGGCAUGUGGAUUCGAUGGUUCUUAGCUCGGCUCAACGGUCGUGGAUUAGGAAGGGCAGGGUUGUUUAAAUGGAUGCCAUUUGGAACUCUUAUUGCCAAUGUAUCAGCUGCUUGUGUAAUGGCUGCACUUUCCACCGUAAAGGAAGCAGUCAAUACCAAAGAUUGUGACACUAUUGUAAUCGGAACACAGUUAGGUCUCUUGGGGUGUUUGAGUACUGUCUCAACUUUUGCAGCUGAGUUCAAUGCAAUGAAAGAAAAUAGGAUGCAAAGAACUCCUGCGGGUAGUACAAGUGGUGGACCGACAAACCACGGCAUCUCCCGGAUCCGAUGGUCUCUCGUCAACCCAUCGCUCCCAGAAAAUAUCCGCGAAGAACUCCUUGCAGCUUUUGACGUUUCCAGAAGUACGGACAGACUCUAA